AUGGUCCACGACGGCGAGAAGGAGCUCCUGGACAUCGCCCUCGUAGAUUUGCAGGGGGGAGACAUCAACAGCCUCCGUGAUGCCAAAGGCAACACGUUGCUGCACUCCGCGGCCACCUCCGGGAAGCAAGACAUCUGCGAGUUAAUAGUCGAGGAGGGCAAAGCGAAGGAUGUGGACUCGCGGGACUCCAAGGGCUGGACCCCGCUGAUGGUGGCGGCGUUCUAUGGCCACAAGAAGCUGUGCGUGUACCUCCGCAGCAAAGGUGCAGACGCUCUCCUGAUGAACGCCUACCACAAGAGCUGCAUCGACGUGGCCAGGGACGACGAGAUCAAGGAGGUGCUCCUGGCGGAGCAGACGGCGGAAGGCCCAGGCGGCGGCGGCGGCUCUGCGGCGCGCCCCCGCAGGGUCCGGCGUCGCCGCUGCGAGGGCGCUGGCCUCCUCCGGCCAGCAGAGCGGUGA